AUGUCUAUACAACAGCGCAUCGCUGCCCUGAAACAGGCUCAGGCUGGUCAGAGUCCCGAAGACAACACCCCGCCGUUCCUGGGUUCGCAACAAAUACCCCUGCCGUCGCGUCCAGCUCCAUUGCAGAACCCAGCAAUCAACAUCCCUCCUCCUGCAUAUGAAGAAGCCCUACAAAAACCAGUUGCUCGACCGCCACCCCCGACAAUAGCAAACGGCCAGAAACCCAAAGUUCCUCCUCCUUUACCCGCCCGAAAGGCCCCAGCGAUACAAGCCCCAGCACUGCCGCCGCGCAGACCCUCAGAGAUCUCCCGAAAGAUUUCCUUGGAAUCAGUGGCUUCAGAUGUGUCGCGAUCAACUUCUACAAGUGCGGGGAGGACUACAGGAACAUCUGCUACCUCGGUUGACUCUGGGUCCCUUCGUGGUGUCCGAGCUCCAGCAUGGGGUGAAACAGAAUUACCCCCUCUACCUCCUAAAAGGCAGGAUACUAAGCCCGUCAACCACCAGUUGCAAUCGAGGCCAGCAACUGCGAAUUCUACGAAGUCGGCGACUUCAAGCAGGAGUCGAUCACGGCCUCGACCGUCACUGCCUCCUCGACGGGAGUCGACCAACAGCAACUCAACAGAUGGAGGCUCUUACGCAUCUCAACCGCCUCCACCAUUACCAUCUCGUGGAAGCAGGGAUAAGUCGCCUGGUAUGCAUGCAGAAUCCACCGUUAAACCACCGCCUAGAAAGGUUCCUCCGCCGCCACCUUCGAGUUCCGCUCUGGAGAAAAUACAAAAAUCUGGGUUUGGUGGAAUAUCUAAUAGUUCCGAUGCAUCGGGGUGUUGUCCAAAUGAGACCGCCAAACGGUCCACCUCAAACACUCUUCUUGGCAGAAUAGGUUCCGGAUUAGAAGGAACUGCCAAAACCCCUGAGAUUCCCGAGAGACCUUCAAGUCAGCCUGCUUCAAAUCCUCCUUCGAAUGGAGUGCCGCCACCGGUGCCCUUGGCAUCUCGCCCAGACCUCUCAAAACUCCUGGCAACCAAGCCUCGCAUGUUCAAUUCUGGAUCCCCCGCUGCAACACCUAGCGUGCAGUGCCUGAAAUGCCGUGACUUUGCGGGCCCGGACGCGCAUGCGGCUCAAUAUCCGCGCGAAUCUCUCCCAACUCAUGAUCUGGCCUGGUUAGCGAGAGAACUGACUGCACCAUUCCCUUCCCUCACAGAUAAAGCUAGGGCCCUGUUUACCUGGUUCCAUCAUAACAUAGAGUACGAUGUCCACUCAUUUUUUAAUAAUUGCGUAAAACCGUCGACGCCCGCCGGGACACUUGCAACAGGGCUGGCAGUAUGUGAAGGCUACGCUGGCCUGUUUGCUGCACUUGCAACCCACGCGGGGCUCGAAGCCAUGGUAAUUUCAGGUCAUGGCAAGGGAUUUGGCUACGAGAAUCCAGCUCCAGGCUCCGGUCUACCACCUUUCGAAGCGGGACACGCAUGGAAUGUAGUGAGGAUCGACAAUGCACAGUGGAAACUGAUAGAUGCGUGCUGGGGCGCUGGGGUUGUCCAAGGCGCUGGGCAGCCGUAUAAGAAGCUAUUCAGCCCAGAUAUGUUCACCAUGUCAAAUGACGAGUUUGGGCUCCGCCACUUUCCGUCCGACCGAGGCCAAUUUUACCGAGAUGAUGGCCGACCUGGGGUGAGUUGGGAGGAGUAUAUUCUGGGCAAUCCGAACUCGCCAUUUGGGGCGGAGCAGCCGACGAUAUUCACAGAUGCGAAGAAACACAGCAUAGGGGAGCGCUCGGUCCGCCCGGAUGCCAAGCAAAUAUCGGUAUACCACCAAGGCCCGAUACGCUUCCAGUUCGGGCUUAUCUGCGAACACUGGACACUGGCAAACCACAGCCGAGCCCAACCCGGGCUUUUCCUGUUGAUGGUCCACGGGGCUGAUGGCCAGCAGGAUGAUAGACUGCUUUUCACUCACGUCCGGGGCUCCGGACCGAAUGGGGGGGGAGACAUGUGGUAUGUCGAUGUCCCGAAUGCUCGUGUCCUAGGUGCACCGGGGCAGAAGCUAGCAAUCGCCGUUCUUACUAGCUUCGGGGAUCGGAAGGAUGCACGGGGCGUUACUGCGGAGGAGUAUCAGCGACAAGUUGGUCGGGUGGGAAUGUCAUGGGCUUACGUUGCAGAGUGGGAGCUGGUGUGA